AUGGCGGCUGUCGCAUCAAUUCCCUCGACGCACGCGGCAUGGGUCUUCACCAAACAUGGCCCUCCCACUGAGGUGCUGACCCUCCGAACCGACCAUCCAACUCCGACGCCGGCAUCUCUCCGUACCGGGGAAGCGUUGAUCAAAGUGUCGGCCGUGUCGACGAAUGCCGGGUUUCUUCUGGCCAUCAACUCGUUCCCCCACCCCACGAGCCAUCCAUGGAUUCCUGAGAUCGAGUUCGCCGGAACCAUUGUCGCCUUAGGGCCUCGCGGUGCCAACCAGGAGCAAGGACAAGGACAAGGGGAGGGGGCAGCGUUCCAAGUCGGCGACCGGGUCUUGGGGACGCGCACUUUCCCCAGCAUGUUGAAAUACAACGGCGCGCUGCAGGCAUAUCUGGUCAGCCCGGUGUCUCUGCUGGUGCAGAAACCCGAUUCAAUCUCCAUGAUUGACGCCUCAGGCCUGUCCGGCGUAGGCUGCACAGCCCUCCAGUCUCUGGAGGUUGCAGGCGUCAAGCCCGGCCACAAAGUCCUCGUCACGGGCGCCAGCGGUGGCUUGGGCAGCAUACUCGUCCAGACUGCAAAGGCUGUGGUGGGCGAGACGGGCGUCGUGGUGACGACGUGCUCCGGGAAAAACAUCGACUUGGUGAAGAGCCUGGGUGCCGAUGAGGUUGUUGACUACACCGCCCAUGACCCGCUACACACAUAUUUCGAGAAGCACCACUCGUCUGCUCCUUUUGAUGCCAUCUUCGACGUGGCCGGGACCUCCAACACACUCUAUACUGCGUCGCCGUCAUAUCUCACCAAAUCGGGCAUUUACAUUCAGCUGGGUGCAAUCCACCUCACAGAGGGGGCCUGGCUGAGUAUUAUUUCGGGCUUUUUCACCAUCCUACUCAACCGUUUGCUCCCGACCAUCUUGGGUGGGACGCCCAGGCGUUUCCUGUUCUACUCAGCCACCCCGAAUCAAAAGGACUCGAAGAAGGUGAUUGAAUUGGCGGAACAAGGCAAGAUCAAAGCCGUCGUGGACAGUGUGUGGAAGGUGGAGGAUGUAAAGAAGGCGUAUGAAAGAGCUGUGAGCCACAGGGCAAGGGGAAAGAUUGUCAUCGACUUUGACUGA